UCUUCUUCAGACCUUGCCUUCAAACUUCUCCCAGUCCUCCAGUGGCAUGUGGCUCAGCCCCUUCCCUCUGUCUUCCCAACUGGGCCUGAAAGCAGUGGCCUCUGAGCCUAGAGGCCCUUAGGAAGAGUGGGGUAACACGGGAAUAAGGAUUCCUGGGUCCCUGAGGACUUUGGAUUGGCCAUCAAAUCCGUGUCGUGGUCAUCGUCGUCCCCCCGCCAGUCCCCUAGUCCAGCCACAGGCCAAAGCCCUAUCUUCCUGCAAACUUCACUCCAAAAAAAAAAAACAGGAAGAGAACCUGAGGUAAGGGGGGAGCAGAGGAGAAAGAAGUAAGGGGGAGGGGUGGCACUGGGAGUAUUGGGAAGGGCCUCAGGUCGCUUCAUCACCCCUGGCCGGAAGAUGUCACAGCCUGGCCCUCCUCCUCCUGCACCCCAACCUGCUGCCCCAAGAGAAACCUGGCCAGGCCCCUCUCAGGCUUCCUGGCAGAGCCUGGAGGAGAAGAUGGGGAGCCCUGAGGAUGAUCUGAUUGGAAUCCCAUUCCCCGACCACAGCAGUGAGCUCCUGAGCUGCCUCAAUGAGCAGCGCCAGCUGGGCCACCUCUGUGACCUCACCAUCCGGACGCAGGGCCUUGAGUACCGCACCCACAGGGCUGUGCUGGCUGCCUGUAGCCACUACUUCAAGAAGCUGUUCACCGAGGGCGGUGGUGGGACCUUCAUGGGGGCUGGGGGGGGUGGGACAGCCUCUGGAGGAGCCGGGGCCGGCGUAUGUGAGCUGGACUUCGUAGGCCCAGAAGCACUGGGCGCCCUGCUUGAAUUUGCCUAUACGGCGACACUGACCACCAGCAGCGCCAACAUGCCGGCUGUGCUUCAGGCUGCCCGGCUAUUGGAGAUCCCGUGUGUCAUCGCUGCCUGCAUGGAGAUUCUGCAAGGCAGCGGGCUAGAAGCUCCCAGCCCCGAUGAGGACAACUGUGAGCGAGCCCGACAGUACCUGGAGGCUUUUGCCACCGCCACCGCCACCACCACCACCUCAGGAGUUCCCAAUGGUGGAGACAGCCCACCACAGCUGCCCCUCCCACCACCACCACCACCACCACCUCGGCCUGUGGUACGCCGUAGUCGCAAGCCCCGAAAAGCUUUUCUGCAGACCAAGGGGGCUCGGGCAAACCACCAGGUACCUGAAGUGCCCAUAGUGCCCACCAAUCCCUUGGCCCUAGAGGAAGAAGAGGCGGUGGGCAGAGUGGGCAGCAGUGGGCUGGGGGACGGUUACAGCCCUCCCGCGGGAACUGCCUCACCUCCCGAGGGGUCCCUGAGCUACGAGCCCUACGAGGGUGAGGAAGAUGAGGAAGAGCUGGCAUAUCCCUCAGCCUAUGGGCUGGCACAGGGUGGUGGACCCCCACUGUCCCCCGAGGAGCUGGGCUCAGAGGAGGAUGCUAUUGAUCCAGACCUGAUGGCCUACAUAAGCUCACUGCACCAGGACGCCCUGGCACCAGGCCUGGAUGGCCAGGACAAGCUGGUGCGUAAACGUCGUUCCCAGAUGCCCCAGGAGUGCCCAGUCUGCCACAAAAUAAUCCAUGGGGCAGGCAAACUGCCACGCCACAUGAGGACCCACACGGGUGAGAAGCCCUUCGCCUGUGAGAUCUGCGGUGUGCGUUUCACCAGGAACGACAAACUGAAGAUCCACAUGCGGAAGCACACGGGAGAGCGCCCCUACUCGUGCCCACACUGCCCAGCUCGCUUCCUGCACAGCUACGACCUCAAGAACCACAUGCACCUGCACACGGGGGACCGGCCCUAUGAGUGCCACCUGUGCCACAAGGCUUUCGCCAAGGAGGACCACCUGCAGCGCCACCUCAAGGGCCAGAACUGCCUGGAGGUUCGCACCCGGAGGCGCCGCAAGGACGAUGCACCACCUCACUACCCACCCCCCUCCACCGCCACCCCGUCCCCUGCUGGCCUCGACCUCUCCAAUGGCCACCUGGACACUUUCCGCCUCUCUCUGGCUCGAUUCUGGGAGCAAUCAGCCCCCACCGGGCCCCCUGUGUCUACCCCUGGACCCCCUGAGGAGGAGGAGGAAGAGGGCACACCCACCACACCCCAGGCUGAAGGUGCCAUGGAGUCCUCUUAAAGAGGGAAGAGUGGCCAGGCUGGAACAGCACAAGGCCCGGGACGCCCAUGCCAAGCAAUGGGUGCAUGGACAGGCCGAGCUGGGAUGGAGGUGGGGGGCACUGGGCCUUGCUGGCCUCAGAAUCAGCCCCUUCUUCCCAGAGCCCUCAUUCCAAGUCAGAGCUGGGGCUUUGCAGCAGGGGCUCCCCCAGAUAUUAUGUAUAUAUCUACAACUCUAUUGUAAAGCUGGGGGUCCCUGUCCCCGGCUACUCCUGGGGAGUAGAGAAGCAAUAAUGUAUUUGAUUAGUGGGGUCCCACUUCGGCUAUGCGGGUUUCCGGGGGGGUUUGGGGCUUGGGACCAAAGCCUUGCCCCACUCCCAUGCCCCUCCCUUCCGAGACCCCUCCUUCCUGGUUUCUGUUCCCUUUUUCCUGACAGUGAAUUAUGCAAGGGGGGGGGCGGGUGGCCAAGGAAGGGUAGGUGGAGAGGGGGUGGGGGGAAGAAAGGUAAAAACUUGAAAGACUGGGGGGACUGGGCCUGUAAGGACGGAGCCAUCCCAGUCCCCCUCCGCCCUGCUCCCGCGCUGAGUCAUGGGGUCCUGGAGGAGAAGGGGGCGGGGUGGCCUGAUUGGCUCGCCCGCCCCUGGGGGCAGCGGGGCGGGCCGGCCCAGCCAGGGCGCCUCCCCUCCCCGCUCCUCCCCUCCCGCGUCCCCAGGCAGGGAAUGUCUUGUUCCCGCCGCUCCCUCCCCGGGGCCAGAGGGCAGGGCGGGCUGGGCCGUCUUACCCUCUUCUCCCCGCCCAGGUGCGAGCUGGAGCCACCGCCACCACCGCCGCCCCUGACUCACGCCGCCCCCGGGCUGGCGGGCGCAGGGUGUGGGACGGGGUGAGGGUUUGGGGGGGGGGGAGCCCAGCGGGCCCACGGGCGCCAUCUGGUGGCCAUGCCCGGCUCGGGCGCGCGCCCUGGAGCUGGCUUCGUGCAGCCAGCAGAGCUGGCGCCCUGGGACUGGGAUCCCUGUCCCGGGUCCCUCUUUGCCAGUCCCUCGUAGGAUCGAAUCCACGCCUGUUCUGUACAUAGCCUCUUCUGUUGGUCUUGUUGAACUCUAGCUUCAGAUUUUUAACUACCCGAUUCUGAUGGGAAUGUGUAGGGAGGAAUCUCUCCCCCACUCUCCUUCCUCGCUGGGUGCUGGACCCCCAUUGCGGCCUGGGCUCUGCCUUGCACUAUUUCCUCUUCCUUGGCCUGGCGGCCCUUCCCCCUCCUUCAAAGGGGCAGGUUCAGGGGCCCGGUGCUCUCCUUCCCUCCCCGUGCACCCCAAUGCCCAUUUGCACAGCUGCCCAGGUACCCCCGACAGUGGGGAGGGGUGACAGGGAGGGGGCAGUGGGACCAGUCCCUGUAUCUAUUUAAAAAGUGAUGAUGUAAUAUAUUGGGGGGAGGGGAGGUUGAGUGCCCUGGGCCUCAUCUUAGCAUUUCAGGUGAUGGGGGGAGCCUAGAGCUGGGGAGACCUGGGGCCUAGCCCCAAAGAGUGGAGACUCCCCACUUGUGGCUUUCCCAGUCAGUGCCUUAGGUGGGGAAACAUUCCCCCCCUCUCCUGUUCCUUUCCCCUACCCUUGCCCCCACCUCGGGUGUAAGCGACAGGAAGAAAUAAUAAUAAUUUAAGAUUCA